CUUAUAAACUCGAAUAAAUACACUCUCCACAUCUCACACUCUGACUCCUGACACUAUUUUACCUCCACAUCCGAGAUCGUUCAUAUUAUUCAUACUUGUUCCAGAUGGAGGUCUCCAUGAUGCGAUACAUGUGGGCAGCUCUCUGCAUCACCGUGUUAGUGAUGUCAGAUUCUCUUAAUGGUAUGAGUUUGGGGAAAUCUAGGGGAAAUGAUGAGACUACGGGCCCUUCAUUCAAGUACAAGCUCAGCAUGGACAUCACCAACCGGAUCUACAACAAUUCCCUCCUCAACUCUGGUUCUCCUGAUUAUGAGAUAUUGUUCGCACAAGUUAAAGGCGCUUUCUACUCCGUCUACGGCUGUAGCACUUGUGACACACACACAUUUUAUCAAGGAGUAUCAGCGAUGACCUUCAGUAAUCAAACUGGAACUGUGCUUGUGAAUGCUACACUAGUGUUCCAGUCAAACCAAAUCAACGCUCUUGUGAUCAAAAACCUGCUUAUUAAAGCUAUUACAGGCAGUAAUGAAAUAAACGGCCUUAUAAUCAACUCUGAAUUCACACAAGGCACGUCAAGAUCAACUCCUACAGCAACAAGUCCUACCACCACAACCACCACUACAGCCACCACUCGUUCUACCACAAACACUCAUCCUUCCAAAACAACCACCACUAGUCCGAAUACUCGUCCCACCACUCAUCUCACCACUACAACCACCCCCACACCCAUCACUCGUCCCACCACUACCACCACUCAUCCCAAUACUACUACCACCAUUCGUCCCACCACUACAACCACCAGAACAACCACCACUCAUCCCACCACUACCACCACCCAUCGACCCACCACUACCACUACUACAACCACCACUAGUCCUACCACCCCCACAACCACCACUCGUCCCACUACUACAACCACCACUAGUCCUACCACUACCACCACCACAACCACCACUCGUCCCACUACUACAACCACCACUAGUCCUACCACUACAACCACCACAACCACCACUCGUCCCACUACUACAACCACCACUCGUCCUACCACUACCACCACCACAACCACCACUCGACACCACAAUGCCGCCUCUUCUUUCUUUCAUCAAAGUCCCAUAACUCUGACUUCGUUUCUCCGCUUUAGUGUUUCAUUUUGCCUCUUUUUCCUCAUCAGCUAUUCUUUUUAAUUUUGUAAACCUGAUGUCAUAAUAACCAGGUCUAGUGUGUCAGUGAAAUAAUAUUACACCCAUCAGAUGUCCCACCACUACAACCACCACUCUUCCUACCACUCCAACCACCACGUAUCCCACCUCUACAACCACCACUCAUCCUUUCACUACAACCACAACUAGACCUAUAGCUACAAUCACCAUUUAUUCUACCAGUGAAGCUACCACUCAUCCCAUCAUGACAACCACCACUUGUCCCACCACUCAUCCCAUCACUAUGACCACCACUACAGCAUCAUCCCACCACUACAACCACCACUCUUCCUCCACAACCACCACUCUUCCCACCAUUUAGCCUACUACUACAACCCUCAGGACACAAUAAUGCCACUUCUUCUUCCUUUUUUUAAUGUCCUAUCACUUAAUAUCUUUGGUAUAGUGCUUCAUUCAUCCUGCUUUUCCUCAUCACUUCCUGAACCAAGUAUCAUUAUAACCAGGUACAGUGUGUCACUGAAAUAAUAUUAUGGUAAACGUUUCAUAAAAGUAAAAUGGAAAUAAUCGUAUUGCAAGCCUGUGUGAAACCUAGUAAAUUGAAUAAAUGUUGUUACAGCAUGAUUAUUUGAAAAAAUCUUGAGUG